AUGACCGCGGAACGCCCCGAGACCCAGCUGGAGCCAAACGCUGAUUCUAGGAUGAAAAGCAAGCCCAGGUGCUGGAUGCAGUGUAGGAAGCGCCCCACAGCGCCUCCUCCCAGAGCCCAGUGUCAAUUGCGCUGGCGGGGCAACACCGGAAGGGCUGCUGCUCCUAGCAUGGCGAGCCAGCCAGGCGCUGCGGUCCAGGGCGAUCAGUGGACGUCCUCCCAGUCCCUGGACGGGCUGGGGAUGCCGCCUUCCCUACCGCGGAUUCGUACCCGGCCGUGGUGGUUUCCUGUGCAGGAACUGAGAGACCCAUUGGUGUUUUACCUGGAGGCAUGGUUGGCUGACUCUAUCUUUGGCCCAGACCGAGCCACAAUUCCUGAAUUGGAGUGGAUGAACCAGGUCCUGCUGACGGUGGACAUAGUAAACUCUGGGAGCUUAGUAGAAAUCACCGUUUUCGGACAGCCCCGUGUACAAAAUCGCAUGAAGAGCCUGCUCCUGAACUUGGCGUCAGGGUACCGAGAACAUCGUGCCCGAGAGGAGAAGAUGAAACAACUUGAGCAGUUUUUGAAGGCACGUGCGUCAGAUCCCCAGACUCCCCAGCUUCCUGUUGGAUAA